UUUUUCCUUCUCCAUGGUGUGGAGUGUGGGUGGCAGCUGUGACUCAGACAGCAGAGAGAGGUUUAGUGAGUUCUUCAGGGUGAUCGUGUCAGGAAAAGCAGAAAAUCCUAUCCCAGCCUCUGUGGGAAAAUGGGAGUGUCCAAUGGAUGACAAAGGGCUGGUGUAUGACUAUUACUAUGAGUUUAAAGGAAGAGGCCGCUGGAUUCACUGGAAUGAUAACAUAAAAAAUGUCAACCUGGGGGACAAAAACACCAAAGUGCAGGAGAUCAUUGUUCCCACCAUAGAUACAGUUCGCUACACCUACCUCAUGGACCUCUGCAUCAGAUACGGAGUGUUAGUAUUCUUGUGUCACUGAUACAUACAAGUGCCUUUUUGUUUUACUUUGACAUGUACCAUAUAAGCUGUUUUCA